AUGACAGCAACCAAACCCCUCUCCUCCUCGGCCUCUGCCUCUGCCUCUGCCUCGGCCUCUUCCUCCUCUUCUUGUUCCUCUGAAUCCGGUACUGAUUGGUCAAGUCUCCCUCGAGACUUGCUUUACAUUAUUCUAAACAAGCUCCUACUUCUCUCUGACAUGAUUAUGUUUAGUAGUGUAUGUACUAAUUGGCAUUCAGUUGCAAAAGACGCGUUACAAAAGUUCAAACUCUGUCCUAACAUGUACUUCAAUCGAAAUUUUCCUUUGUUACUUUUACCAUGUACAGAGAACAAUGACUUCAUCCGAAGUUUAUACAGCAUCAAUAAAAGUGAGGUUUAUGAUCUUCAGCUCCGAGUUCCUUCCAAUAAAAGAAUCUUCGGCUCCUCUCAUGGUUGGCUGAUCACCCUCGAUGAGGACUCUUUCGAGGUAAUCCUCAUUAACCCUUUUUAUUUUAGUAGUAUCAGCAAUGGAAUAAUUCGUAUUCCUCAGUUUUCUGCUGCUUCAGAAAUGCAAAAAGAACAUGGUAAUUAUGGUUUUAAUUCCGAGUAUUUUAUAUGUAAAGCUGUUUUAUCCUCUGAUCCUGUUUCGUGUCCAAACAAUUUUGUAUUAAUGGUUAUCUAUGGUGAGAUGAAAAUGUUGGCCUAUUGGAAGCCAGGUGCCGAAAAUUGGACAUAUAUUGCUUGGUCUCUCCCUAUGUUCUUGGACAUUAUCUAUGUAGAAGAUCGAUUUCUAGCAGUCAAUACCUUAGGACAAGUUUACUCGUGUAAGCUCGAUGAUGAGGCCUACCCUCCUUAUAACUUGCAAAUGGUAAGUGCUCCGCAAUUUGGUCUCUUAGGAACAUUUUGUCGAAGGUACAUUGUAGAAUUACCAAAUAAAGUUGUGUUACAAGUUAUAAGGAUGUUAAAGACUAGUAGGAUGUGUGCCUUAACUAGUCCGAUUUUUACAAUUGGCUUCUUCAUAUUCGAGAAUAAGGUGGAUGAAGAUGGUGAAAGUCUUUGGAUUUUAGUUACGAACUUGAAUGAUGGUGCAUUGUUUUUAGGAGAUAAUCAUUCUCUUUAUGUUACGGCUUCUAAAUACCCUGGAUGUAGAGCAAAUUCAAUCUAUUUCACAGAUGAUUACCAUGAUACGGAUGCUAUGCUGCUCAAUCCGUACCAGUUUACUGGCCCUCUUGACAUUGGUAUGUAUCGAUUGGAUGAUAAAACUGUCGAGAGAUUGGACAUUCCUCUUCUGGAGAAAUAUCACAUGCCUCCACCAGUUUGGAUCCUCCCAACUGUCUAG